AUGUACCAAGACACCUAUAUACAAAAACCUGCUGUAGAACAGCCGGACGCUUUACCUAAUAAUUCGGAGGUAGAUGUGCAUGGGAAUGAAGACAACAACGUCAGCAACUUGGAAUUGUCCAUAAAUGAACGGUCAUCGGAUGAUAUCCAAAGCGAUUCAGUUACACAGGGGGAAAAUUCUGACCAUGCGGACGUUGAAGUGUCGGAUCAAGAUAACAUAGCAAAUACAUCACAAAAUCCCGUAACUAUACCAGUUGACGUCUCGCCGCCUGAUCCCCUAUCAGCACCUAACUCGCCAGUUAUAGAGCAGUUAGACGCUAAGAAACGGAAGAAACCAGUCAGUGAAGGAACAAAUUUUACCGGUAAAAUUUGUAUAGGCGAUAAUCAUCAAGUUCCUUUCAUGCCCUCAUUCUUCCUGGAUGAAUCCCACACCAAUGUCAAAUAUGAUUUGGCUAGGUUGGUUUAUUCUCCAUAUAUGAUGGAGAAAUUCAAACGCAAGAGGAUUAGUGAAGGCAAAUUGGAAUGUGCUAUUAAAUCGGAAUAUGAAAUGGCAGAAUUUAUCCAACAUGUGGCAAAGUCGUGGAAGACUUACCAAGUUUGGCAUCCUUUCUCCCCAGAGUUUGCAUACAAAAUACUGCACUAUGCAGAAUACGAUCCACACAAGGCAAUCCAGCUUAUGUCAGAUCCACACUUUAACUUCAACAUGAUUUGCGAUCCACCCACAAGAAAGUACGACAAUAAGUGGAAACCUAGGGAUAGGAGGGGACAAAUUCCAUCUCAUCCCUAUCCAUCACCAGUUACACUACGGAGCUAUUUGUCAAGGAGACAGAUUUCGAAUUAUACUGCUAGAUGA